CUCACUCCAUACCAAAAACUCUUCAACAAACCACCUGACUUCCAGGAUUUGAAAGUGUUUGGAUGCCUUUGCUAUGCAUCCACACUGAAAAGUCACAGAACCAAAUUCCAAGAAAGAGCCAGAAAAUGUGUUUUCAUAGGCUACCCAUCAGGCAUCAAAGGAUACAGGUUAUAUGACCUUCACUCCCAUGCGACUUUCAUCUCUAGAGAUGUCCAAUUUCAUGAAACAGAAUUCCCCUUUUAAACAUUUCUUCUCACAAAGAACUAGAAACUUAUGAGGAAGCUGCCCUCAAACCAGAAUGGAACAUGGCAAUUAAUCAUGAGAUUGAUGCCCUUGAAAGGAAUCAAACAUGGGAUGUGGUAUCCCUUCCCCCACAGAGGAAACCACUUGGAAACAAGUGGAUAUUCAAGUACAAGUUUCUCUUAGAUGGUUCACUUGAAAGAGAGAAGGCCAAGUUAGUUGCAAAGGGCUAUAACCAAUAAGAAGGGAUAGACUAUCAAGAUACAUUUGCCCCUGUUGUCAAGAUGACAACAGUUAGGCUUUUUCUGGCUAUUGCUGCAUCAAAAUCUUGGCAUGUUCACCAGCUAGAUGUGAACAAUGCCUUUAUACAUGGAGAUCUAACAGAAGAGGUCUAUAUGAAGCUUCCUAAGGGUUACAAACCACCACCAAACAUCAUCAAUCUUGUUCGAAGGCUCAAAAAGUCUCUUUAUGGCCUCAAACAGGCUUCAAGACAGUGGUUUGCUAAAUUGGCAGAUUGCCUUAUUCACCAAGGUUUUGUUCCCAGUCAGGUUGAUCAUUCCCUUUUCUCAAAAUCAGUUGGUGCUUCUUACACUUGUGUUCUGGUUUAUGUUGAUGAUCUUUUGGUUGGAGGAAAUGAUUUAGCAGCAAUCAAUCAGUUAAAGCUAGUGCUUCACCAAGCUUUCAGCAUAAAAGAUAUGGGCCAACUCAAAUUCUUUCUUGGCAUUGAAGUUGCCAGAAACCAUUCUGGCAUUCAUUUAUCACAAAGGAAAUAUACAUUGGAGAUAUUGGAAGAAGCUGAUGUUCUACUAUCCAAGCCUGUCUCUACUCCUAUGGAUUACAAGCAACAUCUAUCAUCUACUCAUUCUGAUCCCUACCCAGAUCCCUCUUUCUACAGAAGAUUGGUGGGCAAGCUCAUCUACUUGACUACUACCCGCCCUGACAUCAGUUUUGCUACUCAACAGGUAGCUCAAUACAUGUCCAAUCCCAGCAAUUCACAUUAUCAAGCAGUCACAAGAAUUCUCAGGUACCUUAAAUCUGCCCCAUCAACUGACCUCUUCUACCCAUCCAAUUCAACUCUUCACUUGAAGUCCUUUAGUGAUUCCGACUGGGCCUCCUGUCUGGACACACGCCGCUCAGUGACUGGAUAUUGUGUCUAUCUCGGCAAUGCCCUAAUUUCCUGGCGAAGCAAGAAACAGCAAACAAUUUCUAGGUCAUCAUGUGAAGCCGAAUACAGGGCGAUGGCUGACACAACUUGUGAGCUUCAAUCACUGCUUUACCUCCUUCGUGAUUUCCAGAUUUCCCAUCUCCAGCCAGCAGUCCUUUACUGCGACAAUCAAUCAGCUGUUCAUAUUGCCGAAAAUCCUACUUUUCACGAAAGGACAAAACAUAUAGAGUUGGACUGUCACCUGGUCAGGGAGAAGCUGCAAAAUGGCACAAUCAAACUUCUCCAUGUCUCCUCUCUACACCAAUUGGCCGACAUCUUCACCAAGGCCCUGCCACCGGCCCUCUUCUCCACUCUCCUCUCCAAGCUCGGUGUGCACAACCUCUAGAACAUGAUGUGGCUAUGAUGAUGCGAUUAAAUCUGUUAAUUAACA